AUGGACUCUCUUAAAGGUUAUACAGCAGAUCAAGUGACGUUUUGUCCUAAAAUAAAACGACUUCUACCUCCGAAAUAUACCCAGAAAGAUAAUAGUGUUACUAUAAAUAGAUCCAUGUUACAACCUAGUUUACAAGAUAAGGAUACCAUCUUUUCACUGGCUAAAAAUCCAAAAAACUUCGACGACAUUCAGAAAAAAUUACAGACAUUUGAUUUUAACGUUAAUACUGAAUGUGAUAGAAAUGGUGAUUUUUUACUUCACGUAGCCUGUCGAGAAGGUUUGUGUCAGCUUCCAUUAAUAAUGGCGUUAGUAAAAAUACAAAUGGCUGACGUAGAAUUAUGUAACGGAAAAGGAAUGACACCGUUAAUGUUGUCAGCUAUAACAGGAAAUAGUGUCUUGUGUGAUGUAUUAAUGUGUUUAUUUGGUGCCAGUCCAAACAAAUCGAACCCUAACAAUGGAAGAUUUGCUCUUCAUUAUGCUGUUGAGGGGAAUCAUAGGAAAACAGUGGAGGCCUGUAUAAAGCUAUUAGAAUGUCUAAGAUAUACUCUAUAUAUAUAUCUAUUACAGGGCCUGUAUAAAGCUAUUAGAAUGUCUAAGAUAUACUCUAUAGAUGGUAAUUUAGGAUAUCAUGAUGUUCAGUAUACUGAUAUGUUUGUAGUAAAUGAUGAUGGAUAUACGUUAAUUAUGGUGGCAGCCAUUCACGAUCAGUCCAUCAUUUUAAAAAAAUUACUGGCUACCAAUAAAACAACUAUUAAUGCUCAACAUUCUAAGACUGGAAUGACUGCAUUGGCUAUUGCUGCUCAGAAAGGAAAUGAAAAUUGUGUUCGAGCUCUUUUAAGGAACGGUGCUAAUCCGUGUAUUGGAGACAUGGAGAGUUAUCUUCCCAUUCACCAUGCUGUUUAUCACAAUCAUGAGGCGGUGGUAGAAAUUAUUCUCGAGUUUUUUCCUGUGGCUUUUAUUGGCCUGUAUAAAGCUAUUAGAAUGUCUAAGAAAUCGUCUAUUCACAUGAGAUUAAAAUCAGCCUGGGACAAGAGACAAGAAGAAAUCGUGACACCGACGCUUUUGGCAUGUUCGUUUAACGGUGAUGCUGAUCAACUGUAUGUUUUACUGGACGAAGGUGAUUGUAUUAAUCCCAAG